GUCAGCGCAACCUAGGAUACGGUGUACCAUCCAAUUUCAAUUAUCACUACAGAAAAACAUACAACUGUGCUGUGUGUGGAAAACAUUAUCAGAAACCCAUGGUGUCAAUUUUUCCUGAUAACAAAACCACCCAAUUGCGAUACCUCAUCCCAAAUCGUGAGUCAUAUAUUAAAUUAAUGUUAGCCCAACAGCAGCACGAGAUGGCUAAGAGGAGGGCUUAUGAGGAGCAAAGGCAGGGUGUGAUAUUAGACCAGGGAGGGUAUCUGUUGCAUACUAACACACCCAAGUACAAGUUGGCACCAUCCACUCCAGAGAGUUCUGCUGAAAUGCUCAGUAGUCCACUUCAGGAAGGACAUAAGCCAGCACAGAUACAAUAUAGUCCAAGGGAUACCACAUCAAGGCAUGCUCCUAAUGCAAACCAGGUGAAGAGAAGUAGGGACGUGACUCUGUACAAAAGAAACACACAACCAAGAGCACAUAUCUUUGGAACCAAUAAACCAAUGAGCAAAAAGUUGACCAUGAAUAUCCCAGGAGGCAAGGAGGACUUUGAGGACAGUGAGGAGGAGGAAGAGGAACAGGGAGAUUGGGAACUUGUUGAGGAGGAGGGGGAGGAAGAACAUGAGUUUGAUGAAGAUCAGUAUGGAUAUGAUGAACUUGCUGACAAACUUGGCAGUCUGCCCCCACCCUCUAUGUUCUCCACCAAUAGGAAGAAAAAGGGAAAGUCAUCCAGAGUCCAUAUACGUCUCUUUGAAAAGGCGGGGCAAAGCAAUAUUGAGCUUGUAUCUGCCAAUGAUGGACAAACUGUUGCCAAAGUUACCAGAGAAAAUCUAAUCAACAGCCCUACCAAACAGAUGGGAGAUUAUGACUACAAGGUAAUAUACACAGAUGAUGGAAAAGCUGUUCGCCUCAGACGAAAAAGGGACAGCGUACUCUCUGAUGUAUCUGAUGAUUCUGCUUUUUCUGAUGCAAGCAGUCUGUCUAAAGCUAAAAAGAAGAGGACACAUUAUGAGAAGAGCAAAAGGACAUUCAGGGGCCAAGAUCUGAAUUUCAGGCUGCCAGAAGGAAGUUUCCAGGAUGAUGAACAAGAUGUGGAUGAUGGGGUACAAGAAAGGAGGGUAAUCAGGAAAGGGCCUUUGAGGAAGGGUCAGUUAGAGGGUGACAGUAAUGAGUCAAAAGAAAAAGAAAUGAUCCGUAGAAUGUCUCUAAGCAAAAAGAAACUUGAAGCUUCAUUGGGUGAUAUCAGAGGAGCACUAAGCAGCCUACAAUCCUCCUUUGGAAAUUUAGAAGUAAAAGGUAAAGAUAACGAAGGGAAGAGUACAAAUACCCUCAUGGAUGCAGAACCAAAGAAAAAGGGUAAAUCAAAAGUUCCCAAGAAGACUAAACCAGUUCCCCCCAAAGCUACCUCUGUGGCAGAGCUCUUGAAGAAACUUGGUGGAAUAGUGCUGCCAGAUGAUGUAAAGAACAAGCAGCUGAUGUUUAAUCCUAUGGAAGGACUGAAGAAAGAGCUGAAGACAAAGCUCCCAACUGUCAUGAUGACCAAGGACGAAAUACUUGACCUCAUGAAGAGAUACGGCAUGACUGUAAAUGAAGCUGCUCUUAUGAAGCUUCUCUUUGGUGACACAGUUGAAGAAGACAAAAAAGAAACACAGGAUGCUUCAAAGUCACAAAGUAGUCUGAUUAAAUUCAUCAUUCCACAGUUUGAGAGAGCUGAGGACACGCAUCCAGAUUUGGUGUCUUGGAAAGCAAUGCUGGAGACUGUAGAAAGGUUGGUGAAUGAGACGGAGGUUGAUUUGGUCCGCGUGACCAGUAUUCAUCAGAAGAUGAAAGCCCUGAUUAAGACCAAGCAGAACAUUUCUGAAAUUGAGCUGACUGCCAUACAGAAAAUCAUUGACAUGCUGGAAGAUGUCAUAAAGCAUCAUGAGUUAGAGGAGAAAGAAAGGAAGAGGAUUGAGGAAGAGGAAAGACAGAGGAGAGAAGAAGAAGAGAGGAAGAAAAGGGAAGAAGAAGAGAGAGAACGAGCCGAGUUGGACGCUCAGCGUUGGAACCAACCCAGAAUGCAACAGCAGGAUAUGCAUCGGCUGCGCCUGCAAAAUCAACAGUACGGGAUGUCUUUUAGGCCAGGUCUACCCACCAACAUAGGUUACGCCAACGAGUUUAUGCAGCGCUAUAUGAAUCAUGUGCAGGCUCAUAAAGAAGAGAAACACGAAGACAAGGAAAUGGGAUCAACACUUACCUUACCCGGUAGCGAUAGUGUAGAUAAACUAGGCACAGGAUCUAAUGCAGAUACUAACUCUCUCCUUGGUGGUUCAAGUGGAUAUUUUAGCUCAAAUGAAGUUUUGGAUUCCUUGAAUUUGGAGCAGCCUCAGAAACCACAGUUAGCUCUGGGAGAUUUUAGGACAGGGCAACGUAUGUCUGGGUUCAGCUCUGGGAGUUUCUUCCCAGGAGCUGAUAUUGGUUCCAGCGAUGAAGAAGAAGAAGCAAAACAGGAGGAAGAAAAUAAAGAUCAAGCUCAUGAUACUGAAGGUCACAAAGAUGUGCAGCCUAAGCAUUCUCUCCCAUUUUUGGACUCUGAAGAUACGUUACUAUUCAGAUGUGUAUCGGACACAGCACUUUUCAUUCUGCCUGGCCUUGACCUUGGGAUAAAUUCAACCAAUCUGCAGAGGUCAAACUCACUUCCUGCUAUCCCACUGACCUUUGAAGAGGCAGAUGACCUUGAGGCCUUAUCCAAGCAAAGGAAAAUUAUCAAGAAAGAGAAAGUUGCAAAUCCAAAGAGGGUACCCAGCAGAUCUGUUCAACAUGUCCUGGUAGAGCCUGUAGAGACUCCAGAAGAACCACCAAAGGAGCCCACUCCUCCCCCACCCAAAGAACCUACGCCAGAACCCCCCAAGGAGCCCACACCCCCACCCCCUCCACCGCCGGUCCAGAAGAAGGUCAUUAAGGGGCUGACCAAGGUGGCCAAGCCAGAGCCACCAAAGAAAGAGGUCAAGGUGUACAAGGCACCACCUCCACCAUUGCCACCACCCAAGAAGAAGCCACCAACCCCGCCGCCCAAAGAGCCAACACCUCCACCCCCUAAAGAACCAACUCCUGUGCCAACCCCCACCCCCACCCCACCACCAAAAGAACCCACCCCUCUUCCCACACCCUCUCCAUCUCCCUCACCAGAGAUUGUGUUUGAGAAAGAUUCUGAUGACGAGGACUAUGUGAGGGUAGAGGAGGAAGAGGUAGAAAUAGAAGGACCCACUCCACCACCUAAAUCUCCAACUCCAACACCGCCACCUCCCAAACCAAAGAGGAAGAUGCUUCCAAAACGCAAGCCAAGAGUGACUCUAAGGGCUAUUGCCAAGGCAACGGCUCCCAUGCCGAAGAGUGACCUUCAGGAGAUGACAGACCCUCUUGACCUUCUGGCUAAAUACUGUAUUAUACAUCCCGACAGAAUGCCUUUUUACGAACGCAUUUUUGCUGAGACAAUUGAAGAGCAGUCUGAACGCUAUAAAAACAUCCCACCUUCAAAAUACUCAAUGAAAUUCAAAGAAAAAUAUAAGAACCCAUUUGACCUUGACCUUGAAGAGGAAGAAGAGCAAGGAAAGCCCAAAUCACUACCAAAAGGAACAGGUGGAAUUGUCACUCAGAUGUCAGCCACUUUAGGAGGCGGGGCUACUGCUGGUGAUGAUAAUAAUGCAGCUCUGCCCCCUGUGGCUGAGGGAGUGGCACCCAAGGAUAUGGAUGAUGAUAAAGACAGUGGGAUUUCUCUCCCAAGUGUGGACAAGGUCAAGUUCAGGGACAUGGGGUUGUUAAACAGAGCCGGGCAGUACGAGUUCCUCGUGGGCCAAAGUGCUGCAGAUGUGUUGUCCAAGAAACUGGACUAUAGCAUGGACAGGAUGACACAGAAAUACAGGAAGCUGAUUGUGAAGAAGCUUACUUUGCAGAGUCAGAAAAAACAGUUCAUUUUCAACACAAUCAAAGAAGAUCUCCCAGACCUCAUGAGACCAGAUUAUGAUACCUUUGCCAAGGGAAAAGGGAAAGGAAAGAAGAAGAAUCAAGUGCUGGUCACUGAGAUGCCCUCCACUCAGGAUGAACAGCAGCCCAAGAAGAAACUGACCGCUGAUGAAAUUAUUGGCAGGCUGGACAGUAAGAUGUGGUCAAUGAUCUCCAAUAUGCCAGAGGUAACCAGAACAGAUGCUCAAUUGUCUAUCAUAGAGAAGAAGAUGGCAGAGCUGGAGGCCAGAAUGAACAUCACAGAUGAGGAAAAACGAGAAAUGGAAAUUUACACUAGGGAUCUAUUUCUGAAGGAGCAAAUUGAAAAUGAGAGAACGAGAGAAUUCAGAAGGAAACAAAGUCCUCUUUACCAACAGAUCAAUCCAGUGCCUGAUGUUGAAAUCAAUGUUGAAGAAGUUGAGGCAGCACUGCAGAGAAUUAACAACAAUCUAUUAACGGACAGAGAGUUCCAGUUUGUCUACCAUGUUCUGGAUCUUCCAGGCAGACACAGGCUAAAUCUGAAACUGUUCAGUGCAGUGGCAGCUUUGUCUGAGAAAGUGAAACAACUGGAUCCAAUAACAAGAAAGUUGAUAAACAAGUUUGACUUUGAGGCUCUUGAUAUAAAGAUGGGCAAGUGCAAGGAGCUGUUCUUCCUCCUAGAUAACCAAACAGCUGGCAUGCCAGAUGGAAGAAUAGAUGCUGAUACCUUGGCAAUAGAGCUGGCAGCAGGCGGGAUCACCCCAGAACACACUCAAUGGGUCGUCAAUAAAUUUAAUCGAUACAAAAAUGGAAUGGUGGAAUUUUUGGACUUUUUAAUAUACUGCCCUCUGUUUAUUGAAGUCCACGAGAGGAUCAUUAAGGAUCCACUUAAUGUGGCUGUCUGGAGAUUAGAUGAUGACAGGAAAGAGAUGGAAGUGAAGAGUUAGCAGUGGAUUAGGUCAUAGAUAAACUGGAUUUAAUGCAGAGGUGGAAGUGCAAGA